GUUUUAUAUAUAGUAGUGUGAAUCUAUUAAUCCCAAAUUCCUAAUCUUCCCCCCUCCCUUUUCCUCCCUGGUACCACAGUGUGAACAAAUCAGUAUUAAUGGAAUUACAUUAAAAAUGUUUUCUGGUGGUUUCUCUGCCUCAGUGUUUCACACGUGCUAGUAUCUGAAGCUUCAGCCCUGGUCUAGGACUGUGGGGUCCGUCCUCCCACCAGAGCCAAGUGUCCCGGAGGCCUGGGGACUUUUCAAAGUACCAAAUGAGUGGGGAUGGGGAGGGCUGGACAGAUGUCUCCCCUAGGAAAAGGCCAAAGAUCAAAGUGGAGCCAGACUCAUUACGUAUGGCGGAGUCAGUUUUAAGUGUCUGUGAAGAAGGACCACAGUUCUGUGAGGCCCUCACACCCUUAUGGUUCCAGGUCAUGCUGGUGGAGAGGACAGUUCCGGUCCACUUCCGGGACAAGGUCGGCUCAAAGACUCGACCUCUGACCUGCUGUCACUCAGGCACGGGGGGCGGGGCCCUGUGAACUGUCCAAUCAGGGGAGUCGCCGGUUAUUUUACGUGGCGGCGCCGCUCGGGUGACGGUGGACGGCGUGGACUGCGUGCUCGGUGCCGCUCGCUCGCUCUGGCCGCGGCUACAUCACCUUCUGCUGACUUUAAAGGCCCCAGGUGGCUGCGCCACGUUUCAUGUUGCGGUGACCUGCACUUGCCGCAGCAGUCGUAAGGUGGACGAUCAGAAACCCCUGAAGCCAAAAAAUGGACUCAGUGACCUUUGAGGAUGUGGCUGUGAACUUCUCCCUGGAGGAGUGGGCUUUACUGGAUCUUUCGCAGAAGAAGCUUUACAGAGAUGUGAUGCAGGAAACCUUCAGGAACCUGGCCUCAGUAGGAGAAAAAUGGGACAAUCAUAACAUAGAAGAUUGGAACAAAACCCAGGGGAGAAAACUAAGAAGUCAUAUGGUAGAAAAACUCUCUGAAAGCAAAGAAGGUGGUCAACACGGAGAAACCGCCAGCCAGAUCCCAAAUCUUAAUCUGAACAAGAAAACUCCUGAAGUAAAACCAUGUGAAUGUAACGUGUGUGGGAAAGUCUUCACGCGUCCUUCAUUCCUUAAUAGGCACGUCAGAUCUCACACUGGACACAAACCGUAUGAGUAUCACGAAUAUGAUGAGAAGCCAUAUAAAUGUAAGGAGUGUGGGAAAGCCUUCAGUCACCACAAAUCUGUUCACAGACAUGAAAGGACUCACACUGGAGAGAAACCGUAUGAGUGUAAGGAAUGUGGGAAAGCCUUCACGUGGCUCACAACCUUUCGAAGACACAUGAUAAUGCACACCGGAGAUGGACCCUAUAAGUGUAAGGAAUGUGGGAAAGCCUUUAGUUGUUCCACUUCGUUUCGAGCACAUGAAAGAACUCACACUGGGGAGAAACCGUAUGUGUGUAAACAGUGUGGCAAAUCCCUCAGGUCUCCUCUAGGUUUGCGAAUACACGAAAGAAAUCACACUGGAGAAAAGCCCUAUGAAUGUAAGCAGUGCGGUAAAGCCCUCAGUUGCCCCAGUUCCUUUCGAAGACACGAAAGGACUCAUAGUGCAGAGAAACAAUAUGAAUGUAAACAGUGUGAGAAAACCUUCAGUUCUCCUCUAGGUUUGCGAAUACAUGAAAGAAUUCACACUGGAGAGAAACCGUACGAAUGUAAGGAAUGUGGGAAAGCCUUCGUUUCUCAUUCAAGCAUUCGAACGCACAUGAUAACUCACACUGGAGAUGGGCCUUAUAAAUGCAAGGAAUGUGGGAAAGCAUUCAUCUGUCCCAGUUCAUUUCGAUCACAUGAAAGGACUCACACUGGAGAGAAGCCAUACGAAUGUAAACAAUGUGGUAAAACUUUCAGUUGGCCCAGUUCCUUUCGAAUACAUGAAAGAACUCAUACUGGAGAGAAGCCCUAUGAAUGUACAGAAUGUGGGAAGACAUUCAUUUAUCGCACAACCUUUCAAGGACACAUGCGAAAGCACACUGGAGAGAAACCCUAUAAAUGUAAAGAAUGUGGGAAAGCUUUCAUUUCUCCCUCAAGUGUUCGCACACACAUGAUAAUGCACACUGGAGAUGGACCUUAUAAGUGUAAAGAGUGUGGGAAAGCCUUCAACUUCCCCAGUUCAUUUCGGAUACAUGAAAGGACCCACACCGGAGAGAAGCCCUAUGCGUGUAAACAGUGUGGUCGGGCCUUUAGCUGUUACACAUCCUUUCGAACACAUGAAAAAACUCACACUGGAGAGAAACCCUAUGAGUGUAAGGAAUGCGGGAAAGCCUUCAUUUAUCGCACUACCUUUCGAGGACACGUGAGAAUGCACACUGGCGAGAAACCAUACAAAUGUAAAGUAUGUGGGAAAGCCUUCAGUCGUCCCAAUUCCUUUCGAAGGCAUGUACGGUCUCAUACUGAAUAGAAACCUCUUGAAUAUAAGCAGUGUGGGGAGAACAGUUGGCCUUCAUUUUCACAAGUGGAAACUCCCACUGGAAAGAAAUCUUAUAAAUAUAAGAAAUACGAGAACACUGUAUAAUGUUCUAGAAAACAAUGACGUGAAAGAAUAAUUGUAAAAGUUAUAAACCUAUUGUCUGUUGUCAACAUAAAAGAAUAAUUUUGAGUUAUAUUGUCUCAUUAUGAGUGCCUCAUUCUUAAAGCAGAUCUGUCAACUGUGGGUAUUUACUGCUUACUUUCAAAAAUGAACCUUGAGGUGAGAGAAUUCUGUAAGCGCUCUAGGCAACACUAUGUAAGAUUACAGGUAUUGUUUUGUUCUUAAGUCAGUUAACUUUUUUUUUUUCCUGUUUAGGAGCUUGUUUGAUCCAGGGUUGAAUUGACAUGUAUUUCUAAUAUGCAAGUUGUUUAAUUUUUACAUUUUGAUUGUCCUGUAAGUGUAGGGCUAUUGACACAUGACGUUUUGGUAUCUGUGGGGGUUUCCUGUUGGCCUCCUGUAGUGCUGGGUACUGGCUACCCCUCAACCGUUGUAGCUUCCAUCUUUCUUAUGAAAAAACCUACCAUUGGCCAGAAGAGCCUCAUUCUGUUUUCCUUGCUAGUAAAAGAUGGCAUAAAGUUGUAAAUAUGCAAAGUUUGUCAUAGAG